AUGGAUGCCGAGGCGAUUAUUAAUGAUUAUGUUUCUGCUGAAGAUUUAAAGAAAUAUGAGCAGUUGUACAUAAACCAAGAGAAACGAGGUGUAAUCAAUGAAAAGACACAUUUUGACUAUGCCCUCUGUUUAGUACGUAGUAAAUACACCAAUGACAUAAGGAAAGGCAUUGCCUUUCUUCAAGAUAUCCUACAAAAGACGAAUGACGAUCAAUCACGGCGAGAUUACCUUUAUUUCUUAGCAGUUGGUUAUACAAAAUUGAAGGAAUAUGAAAAUGCUUUGCAAUAUAUCAAAAUGGUACAAAGUCUGCAGCCAGAAAACCAUCAAGCUCUAAGCAUGGAAAAAUAUAUAAAGAAAAAAUUAACCCAUGAAGGCCUGAUGGGUAUGGCCAUUAUUGGAGGUGCUGCUUUGGCUGUGGGUGGCCUGGUGGGUCUUGGAGUAGCAUUGGCAAAGAAAUAG